AUGGCGGUGCAUUGGGGGCGGCGAGGCGGCUGUGCGCGGUUGGGCUUGCGGCCCUCUGCUGCGUCGUCGCGUCUUGCCGUUAUCGCUCUUCUUGUGCUGCUGCUGCUGUUCGCUUUUCCAUGUGCCGGUGCUCAGUCCGCGGCGUCCCAAAGCGUUGUUAAACUUGUGACUUUUCGCUUUGGUGAUCCUUUGCUUGAUAUUCUUUUCAAAAACAUCUUUGCGGGGUUGAGGGCUUCGUUUUACUCGCGGAAGUUCAUUGUGGGGGAGGAUGUGAGUGUAGAGAUUGUCCACAAAAUCACAAAAAAAACCGAUUACCCAUCUGAUCUCUCUACGGCGUUGAGUGACAAGGGCAUUUACGCCCUCGUUGGUCACUGCGGUGACCAACUGUUGCAGAACGUAAAGGACGUUCUUGCGGAACACGACGUCGUAGCUUUUGCCCCGUUCACCGGGUCGGGUGUGGUGCGUGGGUGGAACCCCAAUGUAUACUUUUUGCGUGCUGAUCCUGCGACGGAGCUGCUGGCACUUCUCCGCUUUGCCGUGGCUCGGCUGCGGGUGCUUCGGAUGGGCUUCACGUACCCGCGGAAUAUCCUUUUUUGGCGACAGCGAGUGCGAGCAGGCAGGGCGUGUGAUGUCGGAGGUGGGCUACGAGCUGAGCGGCGUCUUCGCUGUGCAGGGUGCUGGGCUAGGUGGGGCCGACCCGAAGGAGUUCGAUGCUGCGUGGGAGCGGUUUGCUGUGACUUAGACGCAGGCUGUGAUUGUGUUUGGCUCGCCGAUACGAGACACCGCGAAGUUCAUUGCGAAGAUGCUGGCGGACGGACGCACCGCUGGUGCGUACCUGCUGGCUCCCUCGGCGGUGCAGGACGUUGUUUUUGA